AUGGACUUCUCCUCGAUGGCGUGGAAGAAGCCGACAAACCAACCCAAGAAAAGCGACGCGGGCUUCCCUGGCUUGAAGAGCCACCGGGGAAGCACUACCAAGUACGAAGAGCUUCAACAGAAUGAGUUGAUUGCCCUCGAUGCGAUUUAUGGCGAGGAUUUCAAGCGAUUGAAAGAGGCCCAUUCGGCUUGGAAGAAAUCCGAGCCCUCUUUCGAUAUCCGAAUCAGCGCCUCCGACGAAGGAUUUUCUUGUACCCUGCGAGUCAUCUUGACUGCGACCUACCCCAAAUCUCCACCGCUCAUUACACUUCUCGGUGACCUUCGAGAUGCGACUCGAUUCAAGAUUGAAAAAUUUCUUCAGGCAAAACCGAAGGAGCUCGCCUCGGAAGAGCAAGAAAUGAUGCAUCCAAUCAUUGAGGGCAUUCGAGAAAUUCUCGAGGAUGACGCGCAAGCAAAAGCGAGUGGUCGGCAGAUAUCCUUGGAAGAGGAACGCGCGCGCCAUGAGGCUAUGCUUGCGCGUCAAGCCCAGGAGGAGAAAGAAGAGCUAAAGAGGAAAGAUUUGGAGAAGAGCAGAGAAGAGCAACGCGCAAUGGCUGGCGCUGUGCAGGAAGAACUGAGGCGUCAUGAAGAAGCGGCCAGGGCAUAUGAGAAAAGUCAAGGCCGCCGUGCGAGUGAGGCUUUGGUCGACGCGGAUGCUUCAAAACCCGACAAGGACGACAACAUCAUCAUGUUCGACAGAAUUUGCCGAGUAGUCGACAUAUCGGGCAGGGAAUUCAGCUUCACCACAGUUGAAUGCGGCUCGGUUUUCGGAUCCGGACCCUUGUCUGCGGUCCACCAUUGUCUCCCGAGUGUUUCCAAGGCUUCGUCAUGCCCCCCACUCGCUCUAAAGAAGACCGUUCUUCGAUUCCCAACGAACCAAGGCGAGAGUGUGAGGAAUCAGAUGAUCGCAUUGGAAGGAAAGCUCACUAUGCUUCAGGGCAUACACCACCGCCAUUUAGUCGACGUUGUCGGCUUUAUGAUCCACGAGGAACUUGCCGUGGAAAAGAAUUUCCUACAUAGGUUCUGGACCGUGCAAGUUCUAAACCAGAAAGCCCAGAUGACUUCUCUCGAAGGCUUCCUGGAUAUUUGCGAUCGUCUCCACAUCUCCAAGGUACGCUCAUUCGCCCGAGACUUGCUUGAUGCCAUGGCCUGUCUUCAUAAUCAUGGUAUAAUCCACCAUGAUGUGCACCCACGGAACGUGCUUAUCUUCAAGGAGAGCACCGGCGAGGCCACCCAGACUGUUGCGAAGCUUUCAGAUGCUGUUUACCAGCACAUGUUGUACGACAUUGCCAAGAUGAGUGAUUCGGAGACGAAAUUCACCUCUUCUCGAUCCAGCUUUUGGCUUGCCCCUGAGACAACCGCCGAAGAUGGCAAGGAUCAGUACACCCACAAGACGGAUAUCUGGGAUCUCGGCGUAAUCAUCAUGCAGAUGAUGUUCGGAUUCGAUAUCGUCCAGCAGUUCAGCUCGCCAUAUGCCUUCAUGAAGGCACAUAGCCUGUCCACACCACUCAAGGAAAUGAUGGUAGGCUUCUUUGAUCCAGACCCCAAGCGCCGUCCCAAGGCCUUUGAUUUAGGCUGCACCGAGUUUCUUACGACCGAUGCCCCGAUCUUCGCCGUUGGAACCCUUGUACCCCAAAGGAGCCGGCUACAAUCGUUUACCAGCUCGGUCCAGCAGUUGCCCUCUCGCCUCGGACUUGAUGGCACGAAGGAGGGUCGCUAUACCGGCCGAUACGAGGCUGAAUUUAUCGAGGAGGGUCGCCUUGGAAAAGGCGGCUUCGGUCAGGUGGUAAAGGCCCGGAAAAAGCUCGACGGAGGUGUUUUUGCCAUCAAGAUCAUCCGCGUCAGCACAAGCUCCACAUUAACGGAGGUUCUAAAGGAGGUGGCUUUGAUUUCUAAGCUCAACCAUCCUGCAGUAGUCCGGUAUUAUGACGCUUGGGUUGACACGGUCACAGAUUCGUCCGCAAUCACCACAGACGAUGAGGAUGACGAUGAUACCGACAGUACGGAGGUUACAGAGUCCGGACAGGGCCCCGUUACAGCCAGUGGCGGACUUGAUUUCAUCUCUUCUACCGGAUAUCCUGGAAUUGAGAUUGAGUUCGGGUACGACUCAGGCGAGGGUGCCGAUGAAGAUGUCGGAACAAAUGGCCGCAGUGGCAGUAGCCAGACCCUAGAUGUUGGUGAGACGGAAGAGGACACACAGGAGGAAGAUCAGUCCUCCACGUCGCAUAACCAGCUACAGCGAACUAACUCUCAACCCAAAGUUCAACGGAUUCUUUACAUCUCCAUGGAAUACUGUGACCGGCGGACACUACGAGACCUGAUUAAUGGCGGUCUGUAUAAGGAUACACCCGAGAUCUGGAGGCUUCUCCGUCAGAUCCUAUCCGGUCUUCGUCAUAUCCACAGCUUAAGCAUCGUACACCGCGACUUGAAACCGGAAAACAUUCUCAUUACCCAGGGCCUUAAGGGGGAAGAUUGCGUCAAAAUUGCCGAUUUUGGCCUGGCAACCAUGGGACAGUUUAUGUCCACUAAGCUUGGUGCAUCGUCCUCGGAUCCAGACCAAAUAACGAGAAGCCUGGGUACGAAGUUGUAUACCGCGCCAGAAGUCCGCUCAACAGCCUCUGGGGCGUACAGCUCCAAGGUUGAUAUGUUUUCCCUCGGUGUCAUCCUCUUUGAGAUGUGCUACCAUCCAAUGCUUGGGAUGGAACGAGUACUUGUGUUGGAAGGACUGAGGCGACCGGACCGAGUUCUUCCCCCGGAUUUCAAGCCCGGUGAUCGGAACCAAACGGAAAUCAUACUUUCCCUCGUAGCGCAUAAUCCAGAGGACAGGCCUGACAGCGCAACGCUGCUAAGGAGCACCAAGAUCCCUAUCGAUGGUGAAGAGGAAAUUACCAAGAGCAUCUUGGCAGGUGGCGUCGAGCCCGACUCUCCCUAUUAUCGAGAAAUCCUAGCUACUUUCUUUUCGGGUUUCGCAGGGAAAGCGCGGGACUACGCGUGGGAUAUCGAGAUGCCUGGUCCGGCAGUGAUGAAGAAGAUUAUGACGGAUGAUCUCGCCCUCCAAGCCUUGGUCAAGGAGAACCUGGAAACUGUUUUUCGUCGUCACGGCGGUCUGGCCAUUAACCGCAGCAAUGUCUACCCCAGAUCCCGCCAUUACGGAGACAACGUGGUCAAGCUCCUCAACGCCGACGGGACGGUGCUACAGCUCCCAUACGAUUUGACUAUGGGACUGGCUAGAUUACUAGCAAAACACCCCGAAACCGUACCGGCUGACAAAGUCUACUCAUUCGGGCCAGUCUUCCGAGCCUCGAAGGGUAUGGGCCAGCCGGUGGCUUUCGGGGAGGUGGACUUUGACAUUGUCUCUUCGGAUGCACGGGAGCUGUCGAUUAAGGAGGCAGAGCUACUAAAAGUCCUGGACGAGACCAUCCACACGCUCCCACCCACCGUAGCGAGCAAGAUGACCUUUUGGAUCGGACACUCCAGUCUCCUCCACGCCAUCUUUGACUUUUGCAAGGUCGACCGGUCUCUUCGACGGAAGACGGCCGACAUCAUUAGUAAGUUGCAUAUCCAUGGAUGUACGUGGCAGAAGAUACGACAGGAACUUCGAUCCGAAGAGGUGGGCGUGUCGGCGACGAGCGUCAACGAACUAGAGAAGUUUGAUUUCAAGGGCCCACCCAGUGAAACCUUUUCCAAACUGAAGGAUAUGUUCAAAGGAUCAGACCUGUACUCCAGAGUCGCCUCUACCAUUGGCCGCCUUGAGGAGGUCGUGGAAUAUACGAACAGAAUGGCAGUGAAGACAACAAUCGAAUUCAAACCGCUUUGCAGCAUCCGAGAGAGCUUCUACUCGGGCGGAAUUCUCUUCACGUGCACAUUCCGCGGGAAGGCUAAGGAAGUAUUCGCCGCGGGUGGUCGAUAUGACAGCCUUAUUAAGGAAUUCCGCCUGAAUGUCGGCGACCGCGAACAGGAGGGUCGGCGAGCUGUUGGAUUCUCGUUCUCGUGGCAUUCAUUUGUCCAUCUUUUCAAGUCAGGAUCAUCAUCCUCGGCAUCGCAGAAACGGCCGGAACAGGAGGCAUUGCAAGCAGGGCGACUUGAUGUCCUUGUCACCAGCACGGACGAUUCUCUACGACGAACCAUUGGAGUUGAGAUCCUCGGAACACUUUGGGAUAAUGGAUUCACAGCCGAGCUCGCUAAUAGCUCCGGCUCGACAGACGUGCUCCUUUUCAACGUCAAAGACGACGACUACUCGUGGGUCGUAGUUGUGAAGCCUGAUAAGAGCUUGAGAGUGAAGACGAUGAAACGGAAUGAUAUUCCCGACGAGGAAAUGCCUACAAACCACCUCCUCACGUGGCUUCACAGCAAAGUUCAGGAACGCGACUCGCUGGUCUCACGAUCGAGGAUUUCAGUUCAACGAGAGCAAAGCGGCCCCCUGGCACGGCGUGCGCAUGGCGGUCAGGAGGUCUCGGUGCUUGUAACCCACCAAAAGAAUAAGAAAAUGAUGCGGCAGUCCGUUAUCGACCAAGCUCAGACGAGCGCGGCAGGAUUUCUGGACGCCUUGACAAGCGGCCCGAUUCUCGGUGUCGAAACGUCGGACGGCGCUCUGACGCUCAUCCAGAGCACCCCUCUGUCGAGCGUCGAGGGCUGGAAGAAGUUGGAGCAGGCAGCAGGCUCCGGAGGCAAGGGAUACGUUAGGCAGAUCCACGAGGAACUGAGCACGUGGAGGGCUGAGUGCGAGGAGGAGAAGCGAUCGAGACAUUGCUUUAUCUACAACUUUCGAACGGGGAAGAUUAUCUACUUUGACUUGGCGAUCUAG